AUGUGCACACUGUGGUGGCAACCACGCGGACCAAAAUUGUCCGCAAAUGCGGCAGUACGCGUCAUUCGCGAGCUUUCCCGACGUGGUGUUUCAGAUGAGAAUAGAAUCCGACACCUCGAAGAACUCCGCUCUGCCCGUGCCGCCCGCGAUGCCCCUGGCUCCCCCGGCCCGUUGACCGGUGCCCCCCUGGUCCCCUCCCCUUCUCUCCGUCUCCCUCCCCCUCCCACCGACGCCCCCGCCCCCGAUCACGCCGCCCUGCUCGAGAUGGUGCAAACCCUCUCGAAGCAGGUAGAAGUGCUCGGGUCCCUGUUAGAACAAUCCAACAAGGAUAAGGGCAAGGGAAAGAGUACUGAUAGUAUGGAAGAAGACUAG